GAAAAACUUGCAAGAGCACUCAUCUUUCUUCAACACGUCCUCGCCGUCCCCGACGACAUCCAGCUAUGUCGCUCUGUCGUGCACGGUCCGUCGUGGCGCGGUCGCUGCCUAGGCCUUCCUCGACGAGGUCUGCGCCGUUCCUCCUCUCGCACGUGAAGCCGCGGUCUCCAGCGCAGUUCCAGCUUGUGAGGAGAAGUGCCAGUGCAACAGCAGGCAGCUCAGGACCAGAGGUAUCCCCCACGCCUCCAAAAUUAUCGCUAUGGAGGAGGUUUUUGCAGACGCUAGGUACAAUUACGCUGGUCACCGUGGUAGCUUCGGGCGGAGCGUUCUAUUACUAUGCAAAGAGGGAGCAGCAUCCUGGCGAGCAGCUGGACUUUGAUCCGGAGAAGAAGACGUUGGUUAUCUUGGGUAGUGGAUGGGGAGCGACGAGUUUGUUGAAGACUCUGGAUACGGAGGAUUACAAUGUCAUCCUAAUCAGCCCUCGGAAUUACUUCCUGUUCACACCACUGCUACCUAGCGUUGCUGUUGGGACAGUGACACCACGAUCUAUUAUUCAGCCAACACGCUACGUCGCCCGCCAUAAAAAGCGGAAGGUGUCUGUCAUCGAAGCCGAGGCGACUGAUGUCGAUCCUCUUAAGAAGACAGUGACUUUCUCAGACACUUCCGAUAUCCAAGGUCAAGUAUGGUCCACGACGAUCCCAUACGACUACCUUGUCUAUGCCGUUGGGGCGGAGACACAGACGUUCAAUAUUCCUGGGGUGGCGGAACAUGCAUGUUUCAUGAAGGAGCUUCAUGAUGCUGAGAAGUUCCAAACACGAUUCAUGGAUUGCGUCGAGUCGGCUGCCUUCCCGGGACAGAGCCCCGAGGAGAUCGACCGAUUACUGCACAUGGUCGUAGUCGGAGGCGGACCCACAGGUGUCGAGCUUAGUGGUGAAUUGCACGACUUCCUGACGGACGAUCUGAAGCAAUGGUACCCUGAGCUGGCCGAGCGCAUCCGCAUCACGCUCGUGGAGGCCCUCCCCACCGUGCUCCCCUCUUUCAGCAAGCAGCUGAUUGAGUACACCGAGUCGACGUUCAAGGAGGCCAAGAUCGACGUCCUGACGAAGACGAUGGUGAAGGAGAUCAAGGAGAAGAGCGUUGUGGUCAAGAUGCCGGAUGGGAGCACUAAGGAGAUGCCAAUGGGCCUGAUCGUGUGGGCUGGCGGGAACAAGAUGAGAAAGCUCACCGCGGAUUUGAUCGCGAAGUUGCCCGAGACCCAGACUAAUAGGAGGGGUUUGACGGUUGAUGAUCACCUGCGUCUGAAGGGUGCCGAGUCGAUUUUUGCCUUGGGUGACUGCACCGCCACGCAGUACGCGCCCACCGCGCAAGUUGCCACGCAAGAAGGCGCUUACCUUGCUCGACUGUUCAACUCUAUUGCCAGGAAGGACGCUCUGGAGAAGCAGCUGAAGGCUCUUCAGGCCGACCCUAUUAAGGCCGAGGAGCAAAAGACGGAAGUUGAGAACCUGCAGAAGCAGCUCAUGAAGCUGGAGAAGUUGCGGCCGUUCCACUACAGUCACCAGGGCUCGCUGGCGUAUAUCGGAUCUGAGAAGGCUAUUGCGGAUUUGCCAAUCUUUGGCAGCGGGAAUCUCGCUACUGGGGGUGUGGCGACGUACCUCUUCUGGCGGAGCGCCUAUCUCAGUACCUUAUUCUCUUUCCGGAAUCGGGCGUUGGUGGCUCUUGACUGGAUGAAGGUUAAGUUCUUCGGACGCGAUGUGAGCCGGGAAUAAACCUGGGAUUAAAAGCGCCCAUCAUAAAACACCUCAUAAUGCGAUAAAUCGCUUGAUUCUCAUACCUCUUCCUGUGUUAGUUGUUUAACGAUCCGUCCUCGUGUUUGGCAUAAUCUGUCUGACGAAGUCGCUCCUUUGCCUGUUCCUAGACUUUAUCGUGAUCACUAUAGAGCAUAGACUAUUCUUCACUUCUUCCUACAUCUCUUAACCUUAUGCCCUUCAUGUCAGUAGUGAAUAGUCUACAAUGGACAUACUAUUAGGAUGUAUAUUGCAUCGUGAAAUCAUAGACGAG